GUUCCAAAUGUCUUCAGGUGUGUGAGGAAUGUAAAUAAGUGCUCGAAAUAGUUUUUUUGUGUUCUGCGAUUUUGGAUAACAUUUUAUUAUUUAGAAUGUUUACAUUUGUCAAAAUUGAUAUUUCAAAUGCGACACCUUCCAUGGUUGUCACACUAGCCUCCAGCCAUCAUUUGUCAUGAAUUCAACAUGGCCAACGGGCUCUCCUUGCCGAGAUUCGCCCCUGUCUCCAGUAAGAUCGCCUGUGUGUCGAGGGUCCGCCAGCAAAACCCUAGGGGCGCCCCACCAAGGAUCUUCCUUGCCUCAGGCGCGCCCUUGCCGGUCUCAGACUCUGGGCGUGUGCAUCACGGACGCUGAUCAUGAGAUUGUUAGACCUAAACCUAGAAGACCUUCCCGAUCAGAACUUACAUAUUCUACAACCCCAACCUUAGUCAAUAACUCUUCACAUCAUGAGAGUCCAACACAAUCAGGACGUGUGUAUAUGCCAGCUACAAGUGGUCCUGCUUGCAAAAUUGUUAAGGAAGUAGCAGAAGUUCCGCAAGCUCCUCAGGAACGAUCACCUUCAUCAGCUGUACCUGUAACUCCAACACGCGGUAACGAUGUUAUGAUACCAGAAAGAGAUUCCGGUCCAGGACGAGCUUUAUCAUCAUGUCAACGUGCAGUUUUAGGUCCAGUGAGAUUGGCAGCACACAGUGGACCGGUUAGGUCGCAGCCAGCUUUUGCAGAAUCUUUAGAAAGACCGAAUUCUCAUAAUAAUGAUGUUCAGCAGCGUGCCAGAGAUUAUCCAUCAUCGUCGGAUGAAAAUCGUUCUUCUGGACAUGCUUCUAUGUCGGACACGACAGGAAGAGCUAGUUCAUCAUCUCCGCAUUCUGGUUUAGGUGUCAACACAUCAGGAGAGCAAGAUUUCAAUAACCAGCAAGAACAAUCUCUGAAUGCGGUGCCAGAAGAUUCAAGGUUUUCGGCUGGAGUCACCCAACGUAACAAUGGCAGAGGACAAUAUGGUCGACCAAGACAUAGAGUUCCUAAUAAGGCUCCACCAACUGCAGCCCCACCUUGGCAUGGUGGGUCUCGUGUCCAGGAUAUACAGUCAGCCCUGCAGCAACUUACAACUCGCACAUCGCACUCUGCUACCAGUGUGGGGUCUGAAAGUUCAUCCGAAGCUUUGCAUAAUCCUGCUGGCGGAUUACUCGCUAGACAUUCUUCAUCUUUGGAGACAGUGGAUACCAGCGCUACUGGUGCUGACGAAUUUGUUUGGGUGGAUUCUCAUAACAGGCUGGUAGAACUGCAUAGAGCUCCAUGGUCUGCACGUUGUAUUGGCCGAUUGAUCCGUCACGGACGAUGUAGACCACAUAGUGAUCGCCUUGCUCCUGAAGCAGUACCAAGAUUAGCACAGCUGCUUCAACGCGCUUUGGUACGAAUAGCGCGGGAAUCUCAACGUUUAGCUGCUGCUUUAGGGUUCUGUUCUAGGCACGAAAUUGCUGCUGCGAUGAGGAUUGUUUUGACACCCUCACUUGCGGAUUCUUGUAUUAAGGCAUGCCAACGAGCUGCCGCAAUGUUUGCUGCGCCUGGUGAUGCGGGUGCUCCACGUCGAAGCAAGUCAUCUAGAGCUGGUCUACUGCUUAACAUUGGAAAAUUUCAAAGGUGGAUGACAGAUGUUCGGCUUGCAAAUUUUGUUCAUGAGUAUGCAGCUGUAUAUUUAUGUGCUGGCUUAGAAAACCUUAUAGAGGAAUCAUUAUUGUUGUGUUUACCUCCACAAGGUGCUCCACCUCUGACACCGGUAGGUUUAGAGCAGGCUGUCGCCAGUCGGAGUGAACUUUGGGGAUUAUUGCAACCUUAUGCUCAUCUUAAUGCGGGUAGAAUAGCAAACGGAACGCUUUCAUUACCUUGUGGUGCUUCUUCAGAGCCUUGUUUAUUGACGACUUGCGUAGGAUCGGCAAGAGAAUUAACGCAACUGGCCAAUCGAGCACAACGGCCUGGUUGCUUACCACUAGGACCUUGCGCUAUCAGAGCUUUAUUUUACUUUAUGAGAUGUUCCCAACUGGAAAAUAGAACUUCUGGUGACCAGGAUUUAGCCCAUGAACGCGCAUAUGCUGUUUUACCACCUUUGGGUGAAUGGUUACGAGUUGCUGGAACCCAUGCUGAGCACAGGCAUGCCUUGAGUGUAGAUGCAGAUGAUGUUCUGCAAGCUGCGCGAUUAUUGCUGCCUGGGGUUGAUUGUCCUCCAAGACCUUUAAGUUUACCGGAACCUAUCCAAGCAGCUUCGACAACUGCAGAUCUAUCAAAUGAAGCUGCUAGAAGGGCAUGCCUCCAUCUGGCCAUACAACUUUUAUCCUCAGGCAGAUCUGAACAUAUUGACCAGGGUUUAAAUUUAUUGCCACCCCAGCAAAGACCUAAGGGUUUAAAUGUAAUGGAUUAUGAAGGCAGGACAGCCUUGAUGUUGGCCGUUUGCAGAGAAGAUGAUAAGGCUAUACAAGUUUUAUUAGAUGCAGGCGCCGACAUAGAUAUGGAAACUCCAGCUCCUGGACCUUCAUUUCCAGGUGCUCAUCCAGUAGCGCGCUAUUGGACUGCUCUUACGUUCGCCUGUUGUCUUGGUAGAACUUCUUCUGCAGUAAUUUUGUUAGAAAGAGGAGCAUGCGUAGAGGGCGGCGCAGGAAUUACCGAGGACAGAGGAGCCCUAACACCAUUACAGGUUGCUUGCGGUUCUGGUCAUAUAGAUAUUGUAUCUUUGCUACUUCAACAUGGUGCCAACUGCUUUCUGUCGACCUUGCCUACUGACACAUUGUGCUAUUCUGGUUCUGCUCAAAGAGGAUGCUACAGUGCCGUUUCGGUAGCAGCUUGUCACGGUAAACGUGCAACUUUACUUCGUUUAUUACGGCACCCUGGUGCGCCUGCACGUAGAGAAGUUCUCAGCUUGCAGGAGAUGUUAGCUGAAGGUCAUCAGCAGAUGCAGCAGCAACAGUCUGCUUCGCCUACGGAUACUGGUGGAAAUAAACGUAGACUUCGAGCUUUGCAAGAAGCUAUGUACCAUAGCGCCGAAAACGAUCAUCUUGAUAUAACAAUGGAAUUAAGAGUUCUUGGUGCACCAUGGACGUUGCACAGUUGGACAUUAUCGCUUUCUUCAGCACACGAGGCGCGCUCUGAAGGUGCUUGUUCCCAACUCUUGAGAGAUUUCAUACAACUGCUUCCUGAAGAUAAGCAGCAAAUGCAACAACUGGCGCAAGAUUGCCUACCAUUGCUUUUUGCUGUAUUCAGAGCAGGAAAAAAGGAAAGUACUAUGCUAUUGCUUGCUGAUAUAUUCAGCACCAUAUAUGGAAAAGCACCGAUACCUCCUAUAGAAGAAGAACCAUCUAAUACGGGUAGCAAAUCAGCAUCUAGAAUUGAUCCAUCGUUUGUAAACAAUCCUGAACUUAGCGAUGUCGUAUUUAGAGUUGAAGGACGUAUUUUCUAUGGACACAAAAUAGUUUUAGUAACUGCUUCCCCACGUUUGCGUGCUAUGCUUAGUUCAAAAAUUAGCACAAGUGAUGGAUCUCCGCCUACAGUACAAAUUAAUGACAUAAGAUAUGGAGUUUUUCAAUUGGUGAUGGAAUAUCUUUAUUCCGGAUCAGGAGCUUGUCUGACGCAAGCAACUGCUCCGCGCGACCUUCUGGAACUAAUGGCAGCAGCCAGUUUUUUCCAAUUGGGACCAUUGCUCCGUUAUACAGAAGCUAGAUGCUCAGCAUUAUUAGAUACUGAAAAUGUGGUUGCCAUGUAUAUACAUUCCAAGGUGUACAAUGCCCUACAUCUUUUGCAAUACUGCCAAGGUUAUCUUCUCCAAAACAUGGUAGAGCUGUUAACCUACGACGAUUCCGUUAAGAGACUUUUGUUUGCGAAGAAGUUACCUAAUCACGACGCCUUAUCAGGACUUCUUACGACUCUACAACAUCGUAUCACUGCCGAACUUGAGGAUCCUACAAGCGUUUGGGAUUAUAUGACUGAACUAACUACGACAGAUUUAUGGAAGGCAACCUAA